AUGCCAGUCCCUGCGGUGGGAUCAAGCUUGCGGCUCAGUCCAGACGAAUCACAAGCACUGAGGUCCCUGCCGGCUGCGGUGCAGAUCAUAGCAAAAAGGGCCCUGCAGGGAUCCGUUAAAGAUCUAGAAAGGCUGCUCGAUGUGAUCUCGGUCAAAACUGCUUCUCGUGCUGUUUGCUUGGUGCCCAUCUUUCACGCGACGCUUGAAUCAGUUCAAGUACCAAACUACAUCAACUCCAACACUACUCCUGCCAUCAUGCGUGCGAAAUGGGCCCUUAUGGGCCUGGUGGAGUUUUGCACGAUCGCCCCCUUAAUUUCUAAUGGUAUGGACGACCUUGAGACAAAGUAUAUUGUGAGGAGGUGGGAUCAAAUAUUCCCAUGGAUGCGGUUCUUCGCUCGAAACUGUCUCCCUCCUCCUUAUGAUGUCUCGCUCGCUCCUCCGCGUCCUGAUCUUUGCGACAUGUUUGAUGCUGCAAAAUUGUGCAUUCACCCGCUCACAUUCAUCUGCCACAACUCGGAGGAGGUGCGUCACAUGCUCCGGUCUUCCGCAUCUGUCCAACACUUUGUCGCACAGCUGUGGAUAUUGGUUGGAAACCUCAAGGGAGAUGUGCUCGAAGGCGAUCCUAGAAUUACAAAGGACAACCUUGUUUCUAUGUAUCGGGCGUCUUUUGCGCUAACAAACUAUGUUUGCGUAUCUGAAUCUGAAGAUUCAGACAAACUCACACUUCCGUUAUCGAAUUUUAUACAUGCUGCCGGUGGGGUGAAGCCCGUUGUCUUCACCAUUCUCAGAUAUAUCCGUCGGAUUACCAGAGAUGCCGCUAAGGUAGAAGAACCUCGAUCGUGGACACCACAGGACCAGAACGUACAACAACUCUAUCUCUUCACUAUCGGUCUCAGUUAUACCUUCGACUUCCUCCAGACCAUCAGUCGCCAAGACCCUUCAUGCCGCUCACAACUUAUCCGUCAAGGUUCCAUUCGCGUAGUGUUGGACGCGAUCACUCAGAUCUUGCCGAAGAUCUUGGUGCAAGCAAACAAUGAAAUGGAUCUUGAUCCAGAGAUGGGACUAGGGACCAGACAGGAAGUCAUAUGGAUGGGGUACUUGUACAUUGCAUCUGCUAUUCGUGAUGCAGACGACGGGGUAACAGGCAUAUGCCAGGCAAUAGAUGCUGGCAUCCUUGAAACUAUGAGGAAAGGGGCUACUUGUGCCUCUCACUCUAACCAUCGCAAUCGCCUGCCCCGUGGCCGCAUGGGUGACAUGGAGUUACUCCUCCUUCUUCCCACAUUUUUCAUAUAUCACAGAGUCGUCGAUUCUAUUUCCCAACACUGGUAUCGCAUAAAAAAUUCUCCUAUGCCAGUAGACAAACGAGAGGUACGCGACAAAGGGUUGGGGGGUGUCCUCCAAAUUGUCCUGACGGCUACGACCCAUGCCAUGGAACAUCGCGCUGUCAAGCCUAUGAAUUUCCACGAAUGCAGGUGCAGUGGUCCAGGAUGUCAGAUGCACGCAUCUGAGUUUGUCGGCAAAAUGCGUCGGUGCUCAGGCUGCUUAAUAUCCCUUUAUUGUUCGGAGAAAUGCCAAAGGGCUGCUUGGCGCAGUGGACACAAGAAGUGGUGUCAAGUUCUGAGGUGCACCGUCGGGCCGUGGGGCUCACGCGAUAUCCGCAAGAGCCUCCAAAUCACUGGAGGCUUUGAAACCAGUACAAUUUCAGAAAGGGGCAAAGACGUGGAAGCACGCGUUCGCAAAGCACGGCAACAGUUCCCUGCAUUCAGUAACAAACUUGUACUCAUGCUCGACAUGACUGUGUUUCCGACGGAGAUCCACGUACUUCCCCUGCACAGACUUGAGCAGUUCCCUGGCAAGGACCCCAUAUGGCCAGAGAUCGCUGACGAGAUUCGCGAACGAAGCGACUCACCACUGAAAGGAUAUAUGUUUUCGGUGGUCAAGGUCCAUCUGGGGAACUCGAAGUUUACGCUGUUCAGCCCAAGCACGGUGUUGAGUAUGGCAUUCUAG